AUGUCUCUCUUCGUUCUGGCCGAGACGCCGGCAGGCUACGGUCUGUUUAAGGCUGCCGACAAGAAGCUGCUCAAGAAUGACAACCUCGCCGCCGAGAUGGGCCACCCCGAGAAGCUGGUUGAGAUAAUGUGGAAAGAUGGAAGGGAAAAAGGAAAAAUAUCUAAUCUGUCAAUCACUGUCGAUUGUAGGCUCAAGCUCAAGAAGUUUGUCAAGUUUGACAGCGCUGCUACUGCUCUCGAAGAGGCCGCCGCCCUCAAGGAGGGCAAGGUUCCUGAACUCCUGACGUCGCUGCUCGAGGACCUCAACUCCGAGAAGAAGGCCUCUCUGGCCGUUGCCGACAUCAAGCUCGGCACCUCCAUCUCCAAUAUCCCCGACUCCAAGAUCACCCCCGUUGCCGGCUCCAACACAGUGGACCUGUUUCGAGGUAUUCGUGAGCACCUGUCGUCUCUGAUCCCCGGCCUGGCUACCGAGAACGUCGACCGCAUGGCCCUCGGCCUCUCGCACUCCAUGUCCCGCCACAAGCUCAAGUUCUCCGCCGACAAGGUGGAUUCGAUGAUCAUCCAGGCCGUCAAGAUGCUCGAUGACAUUGACAAGGACCUCAACGUAUGCGCCAUGCGCACUAAGGAGUGGUACGGAUGGCACUUCCCCGAGAUGGCCAAGACCCUUAACGACAACGUGGCCUAUGCCCGCGUGGUCCUGGCCGCCGGCAUGCGCUCCAACAUUGCUGAGACAGACCUGUCCGAGGUCCUGCCCGAGGAGCUCGAGACGGCCGUCAAGGCUGCCGCCGAGGUCAGCAUGGGUACCGACAUCACCGAGGCCGACCUGACCAACAUCAAGUUCAUGGCCUCCGAGGUCGUCAAGUUCUCUGCCUACCGCUCGCAACUGUCGUCGUUCCUCGAGAAUCGCAUGCGGGCCAUUGCCCCCAACCUGACCGCCCUGGUCGGCACCCUGGUCGGCGCUAGGCUGAUUGCCCACGCCGGCUCGCUCAUUAGCCUGUCCAAGGCUCCUGCCUCUACCAUCCAGAUUCUUGGUGCCGAGAAGGCCCUGUUCCGCGCCCUCAAGACCAAGCAUGACACUCCCAAGUACGGUAUCAUCUACCACUCGUCGCUCAUCGGCCAGGCCAACGGCCGCAACAAAGGAAAGAUUGCCCGUGCGCUGGCCGCCAAGGCGGCCCUGGGUCUGCGCGUCGACGCUCUGGACGAGGAACUGGACGACAAGGACGAGGAAGAGCGUUCCGCCCUCGGCCUGACCAACCGUAUCAGGCUGGAGAAUCGCAUCCGCAAGCUCGAGGGCAAGCCCCCGCUGCCCCGUGGCGCCAACGUUAACUCCGCCGGCGAGAUCUUCAGUGCUGGCCAGUUCACCCUCAAGGAGACGCGCCGGUACAACACCGACGCUGACGGUGUCGACGAGGAGUCGGCCGUCAACGGCAACGCUGACAAGAAGAAGAGCAAGAAGGACAAGAAGGCCAAGAUCGAGGUUGUCGAGGAGGAUGUCUCAGACGAGGAGAUGGACGACGGUAGCGACCACGAUGCCACCACCCCGGCCAAGAAGGUCGCUAAGCUCUCCGAGGAGGAGUACGAGCGUCUGGCCGAGCAGUCCGGCCUGUCUGUCAAGAAGUUCAAGCGCAAGUACGAGCGUGGCGACGUGACCAUCAACGACGAUGGUACCCCCCGCAUCUUCAGCAAGAAGGAGCUCAAGAAGCUCCGCAAGGCCGAGGGGAAGGCCGGCUCUUCGACGCCUUCCAAGGCUGCCGCCGCCCCUGAGGGCAAGAAGAAGCGCAAGCAUGACGACGACUCAGAGGAGGACGAGAAGAAGAAGGAGAAGAAGCAGAAGAAGAAGAAGCGCCAGUCUCUCGACGCAUAG